GCUGCAUUCACCAACACCAAAUGUUCGUUUGUGACCUGGCCUAACAAACACUUCCUAGUUGCACAUCGUUAUCUGCCGCAUUUUACAGGGUAUUUUUGGCGCAUAUAAUGGAACUGUGAUAAGAAGGUUGAUUCCUCUGCUGGUUGUUGAUAACGGAGCACGGGUUUUGGUUUAGCAUUGCAUCAGUCGUUUACAAGCGUCCUUUGAAUGCAGACUGUAAUUGAUUAAUUAUUGACUAGCGGGAGUGGAUUUGUGUACGAUGAAACACUCUAAACGGAUUGUUUCACUUUUGACGAACACAGUGCUGCUGGUUGGGAUUAUAUUGGCUUUACCUGUGAUAAUAGCAAUCUUGGUGUUGUUUCAAGUGCAUCGACAAAUAGUGGCGCAAUUGCUGGCGAUUAAAUAUGGCUCAUCGUUCCGAGGGCUGCUGCAAGGAUCGGAUGUGGUGUGGGCAGGGCAGGAACGAUCAUCCAAGGCAGUGGCAAGCGUGUUGCUUCUGUUUGAGAAACCUGUGCAUGUGUCAGACGACAGCGUGCAUUUGCUGGAGCUGUUUCGUGAUCGAUUCAAACGUCUUCACACAGUUGAUGCGUAUCAGAAAUUGUUCUGGCAAAGGCGCAUUCAGUGGGGUUACUAUUUUUGGAUCAAACAGGAACUUCCGCUUUGGAGCGAUCGUUACGUCAAACAGCUCGACGUGAUUCCCUCCAGCAGCAGCUGCCUUUCCAAAAGGCAACUCUGUGCACUAAUUGGCUCAAUCAGCAAUCGGGAUUGCAAUGGUACGAGCUGGGAGUUGCUCGUUGGAAGACAACCAUUAUGCCACGACGACAGCACUGUAAUGCUGUACCCGGUCCUUUUCAGGUACCAUCAUUCAAUCGCUGAUGGAAUUGCAAUAUUUCGAACGUUCUGCAAAGAAUUCCUCGACAGUACGGCCACGGCGGAGGAACACGUGUGGAAUCCAAAUGCGGCCAAUCAGACCUCGGUGAAUGGUUUUUUCACUUGGCGCAAUCUCUUCCGUAUGGCUUACCGUGGGCCGAGAUUUUUGGCACACGAAAUAUUACUCAAACGGGAAUGCAAUCCGUUCUACGGUCCGGAACCAAGCAAUAAUAAAAUCGUCUGUUGGGCAGGCGACCAUGCAGGGCGACCAGCAAAUCACGCGACUCCUGUGAUAAGCGCAAUCAAGACAGUCAAGCAUUUGGUAAAUGAUUGCAGCUUUACAGACAUCUUGCUGACGGCAUUUGCCACGAGUCUUGGGGCGUACUGCAGGCGGAAGAGCUUACCCGUGCCAACGGCCGUCACUAUCGGUCAGAUGCGACGGUUCCAUCGCGAGUCCGAAGUAAUUCAGCUGCGUAAUCGCUCAACGGCUGUAUUUAAAACGUUGCCAAUAGGCAGUCUGCCAUGCGGAUCGAGCACAAUCGACCAGCUCAUAUGCCAGAUAAAUGCUGUAAAAGGUCCAGACGACGCAUUUCAGGCCAGUACAGAUGCUUUAGUAAGUAUUUAUUGACCGUUACUUAACAUUACAACCCUAUUAAACGAAGGGAAAUGGUGUUCUUGCUCUAUUCUAGAUUACUCACCUGAGCGUGUCGUACCUUCCAGAGCUACUGCCGGCUGCAGUUGUACGGGCAUUAUUUGCUAGAAGCAAGUUUUCGAUUGCUCUGUCCAACAUUCCUGCCUUCGUCGGCACUGUCUCUCUGGAAAGGUACAUUCUCCGAGAGGCCACAUUCUGGGUACCCAACAUUGAGCGCAAUCUGUUCGGGUUGACCUUACUGACAACGGACGGCCGCCUACAGAUAGGUUCAAUCGCUGAUAGGACAAUAAUUAAGGAUGAAGAAGAACUCGAACAAAUACUUAACGAAACAUUGCAGGAGCUAAGCAAUAUGGCGUGCAUGAUAAAAUGCAACUAAAUAUCUUUUACGUGAAACAGACCUUAUGUAAGUGUGAACUGACUGGGAUAAAAUACAAUGAAACGAAAAACA